ACGGUGCGGAACGCGAAUGCGAAGAGAGCGGAGAGGACAACAGCCUGUAGUGAGAACGGAAUGGAUAACAGCCCGUAGUGAGAACGGAAAGGAGCGCAGGGAAACGGAGAAAGGAGGCCCACCAAACCCGAACGAAAAAUAAAUUAAAGAAAUACACAAAAGCAGUGUGUGUCCAGUUUAGUGCAACUCCUUGAUUAGUUUGUGAUCCGAAAACACCGAGCAUUUUCCAACUAUGUCUGUGGGUCGUGCGCUCCGAGACCGCAGGAUGAGGGAAUAGAGCGCCAUGUUGUCGAAUGAAGCCCCAACUUAGUGAGUAGCUCAAGGCCCAGGGCGCAGCAUUCCGAGGAUGCUUUGGGUUCCUAACCGUUCCUAACCAUUCCUGGUUGAACCAUUUUCAAGUGGGAGUCCGCGGGAUUGAGACCUGAUCCCCAUCUCCCUCCCACACCCCGGAGGUUGGAGCGUUGUGUCGUGUAUGAGUGUCGAGGUGCCUGGGACGCGGGGCACGGAGAACUGUACAAAUCGUGGGCAAGGACAACGAACAAAUUUCAGCCAUGAAUCUCAUCAACAUGGACUCGGAGAACCGGGUGGUGCUCAAUGUGGGCGGCAUCAGGCACGAGACCUACAAGGCCACGCUGAAGAAGAUUCCGGCAACGCGAUUAUCCCGCCUCACCGAGGCCCUGGCCAACUAUGAUCCGAUAUUGAAUGAGUACUUCUUCGACCGGCAUCCGGGCGUCUUUGCACAAGUGCUCAACUAUUACAGAACCGGCAAGCUGCACUAUCCCACGGAUGUGUGCGGACCGCUGUUUGAAGAGGAAUUGGAAUUUUGGGGCCUAGAUUCGAACCAGGUGGAGCCCUGCUGUUGGAUGACCUAUACGCAGCAUCGCGACACUCAGGAAACCCUGGCCGUACUGGAUCGCCUUGAUCUAGAUACGGAAAAACCGUCCGAAGAGGAGUUGGCAAGGAAAUUUGGCUUCGAGGAGGACUACUACAAAGGCACCAUAUCCUGGUGGCAGGAGAUGAAGCCGCGCAUUUGGUCCUUGUUCGACGAGCCCUACAGUUCCAAUGCCGCCAAGACCAUUGGCGUGGUUUCGGUGUUCUUCAUCUGCAUUUCGAUCCUGUCCUUCUGCUUGAAGACCCAUCCCGAUAUGCGGGUGCCCAUUGUCAAGAAUGUGACGGUGCGAACUGCGAAUGGAAGUGCUGCCUGGUUCUUGGACAAAACACAGACCAAUGCCCACAUAGCCUUCUUCUAUAUCGAAUGCGUGUGCAAUGCCUGGUUUACCUUUGAGAUACUGGUGCGCUUUAUCUCGUCGCCAAACAAGUGGGAAUUCAUCAGGUCAUCUGUUAACAUCAUAGAUUACAUAGCGACGCUUAGUUUUUAUAUCGAUCUAGUGCUUCAGCGGUUCGCAUCGCAUUUGGAGAACGCUGACAUCCUCGAGUUCUUCUCGAUCAUCCGCAUUAUGCGUCUGUUCAAGCUGACGCGCCACUCGUCCGGCCUGAAGAUCCUCAUCCAGACGUUCCGCGCCUCGGCCAAGGAGCUAACCCUGCUGGUCUUCUUCCUCGUCCUGGGCAUCGUGAUCUUCGCCAGCCUGGUCUACUAUGCGGAACGCAUCCAGCCGAAUCCGCACAAUGACUUCAACAGCAUACCGCUGGGCCUGUGGUGGGCCCUGGUCACCAUGACCACCGUCGGCUAUGGCGACAUGGCCCCCAAAACCUACAUCGGCAUGUUCGUGGGCGCCCUAUGCGCCCUGGCCGGUGUACUAACCAUUGCACUGCCAGUGCCCGUCAUCGUCAGCAACUUUGCCAUGUACUACUCGCACACGCAGGCCAGGGCCAAACUGCCAAAGAAGCGGAGACGAGUGCUUCCCGUCGAGCAGCCGCGUCCGCCACGACUGCCAGGUGCCCCUGGCGGCGGGGGAGUCAGUGGCUGUGGCACACCGGGCUCUGGCCCUCACUCCGGACCCAUGGGCUCCGGCGGAACUGGACCACGUCGCAUGAACAAUAAAACCAAGGACCUGGUCAGCCCCAAGUCUGUUGCUCAACUUUUCGCAGGUCCUUUGGGCGCUAGUAUCGUGGCCAUGAGUCCCAGGACAAUGCUGGAUCUCAAUCCAGCCUUGGCAAUGGGCAAGCCCGCGUUCCAGCCGCGUAUACCCACGCCACUGGCCGCCACACCGCCAUCGCACCAGGCAGGAGUCGAAACGGGAGGAGGAGUAGGACUAGGAGGAGGAGGAGGAGCUGGAGUUGGAGUUGGAGUUGGAGUUGCAGGAACCCCCGCCGCUCCACAUCCGAUGCCCAGCAUUGCCGUGUCCACCACGGCCAGUGUGGGCAAGGACUCCGGUGUUUCGACAACCACCACAGCGGCGACCACGAACAGCGGCCUGGAGACCAGCAAGAAGGCCUUCCUCUAAACCACCAAGGAAGGAAUGACAAAGGGCAGCCAAGACUCAAAAGCCACCUGAUAUCAAUGUAUAUCCUAUAGACCCCAUUAUCAUCAGCCGGAAAUAAGCAAUAUCUCGAUUCGAUAUCAUAUAGCCUUCGCAUACGUAUAAGGAGUACUUCAGAGAUGGCAAAGGAUCAUUGAUUAGAGAUCGUCUUUGUUUUAUUUGACUCUCCCUUUAGAUUCCCCCAAUGAAAAUGUAAAUGAAUAUCAUAUAUUCGCCCAGGUAAAGGUAUAAAUUUCUUUUAAGCAAAGGUCCCCAGGUGUUUGUGUGAGAAAGUUGUGCCUGGGUAUCCACUGGCUCUUCAAAGGUUGUUUCUUGUUUCUUACAAAUAAAUGUAAAACUACAUAUUUUAGGAUUAUUAUUAAUUAAUUAUAAGUUCAACUGUAUGUCAUAUCAGCGAAAAGCAAAUUUGAAGCAAUAUCAAGGGAAUAAUGAAUGUUUUUAAUUACAUUUUACGGUUAAUUUACGUAAAAUCAUAUCAGUAAAUUAUUUUUAAAGAGGAUCUGUGGCCAUCUCUGAUCAUAACUUUGUGUUGACCAUAUCACACGAUCGAAACCUAUCAAUAUCGAACGCCUAAAACAUAACCCUAGCUAAAAUAUAGAUAAUCCAAAAUUGCUUUUACCAAGACAGAUGUUUUUAACCAUAUACGAGUAUAUAUACUUACAACAUAUAUUUACCUUUUGCAAGCUUACUAACGAUCCAAUUUUUUACAUUAAAUAGUUAUUAAUAAAUCGCUGAAGAAUGUACAUAAUCCUAGGAUGCUUUAUACUCGGUUUGCCAGUUCCUUAUGCGUUGUGUAAAGACUCUAAAGCUUUAAUUUAAUAUAUAUUUAUAUAUGUAUACCUAUAUAUACAUAAAUUACUUGUAAACCGGAAAGGAACUCCAAAGAGAAGCUUUACCAGUUGAAGUUUUGUCUAAUUAAAAACCGAAUUCAAUCACACACGCACACUCUUGGCUCUGAACUUUGUUUUAAAAUUCACAUGUUGACUUUAACUUUUCUGGCGAACUUAACAAGAACACAAAACAACAAGAAUUAAAUAGGUAAAUAAAAUAAAUUAAGGAAGGUGCACAGGAAAAUGGGGGAAAAACAAACAAAAUUUCGCGCUCAUCACUCACUCCUCAUUCUGGGAUAAGCACCUUCUAGACUCUUCUCCUCCCACCACCAAAAGUUGGCUAACCAAUCGGGCUAAGAGGAGGGGCGGAAAAUUAAAAAUUGUUUUAAAUUUUCACGGGUUUCAAAGUCAAAUCUAAUUUCUAUCAAAUGUGCAAACAAAUAAGAGGCAGUUCCGCUUCCCCUUUCAGUUAAUUUCAAUUUGCUAAAAAGUUUACCAAACUGCUUCUGGGAUCCCCCUUCAUUUACACAAUUCUCUUGUACAUUUUAAAUAUAAAUAUGUUACAUAUAUCUAUCAGCAAGCAUACAUAUAUUUGUAAGAAUAAAAAUGAUUAUUAAUAAGAGCAAGCAAAGGAAAAAUGGUAAUAAAUAAAUAAAUGAAAAGUCGGAAAAACUUAGGCAACAUUUUGGAUCGAAGAAUGGGCAACAAAUAAACGAACGAAGCAAGCAAACAAAUAAACAAAAAUUUGUUAAGUUUUUACAAUGAACAAACAAACAAAGCGUUAUUAAGAACUAAAUUAAUAUUACAAAUAUUAUACUUGCAAGCUAUAUAGGAAAUGGAUACAAACAAUUGUUUAUAUCGUUUUUCAUUUACCAUUUUCUCGCUAUGAUUUCAAAAGGAAAUGCUGUUUUUUAAAUUGUAUAGUUAAGCAAAUUGUAUACUAUUUGAACUAAAGCGGAAACAAAAACCAAAAACAAACGAAAUUGUUCUCUCAAUAAUUCAUGA